AUGGAUAUGACCAGACGUACAGUGCUCGACUCGACGGUGGAUAUCCUCCUCGCACAUGGACUAACGACAGUCUUUGGCAAUCCUGGUUCAAACGAGCUUCCGUUCCUCGCCGGUCUCCCAAAGGACAAGUUUGACUAUGUCCUGGGGCUACAGGAAGGCGUUGUCGUCGGCAUGGCUGAUGGCUACGCGCAGUCCACUGGCAAAGCCGUCUUGGUCAGCCUGCACGCUGCCAGCGGUACAGGGAAUGCAAUGGGCGCUCUGACCAAUGCGCACUACUCGCACUCGCCGCUGGUGCUCCUUGCCGGUCAACAGAUUCGCGGCACAGUGGGUCAAGAAGUCAUGCUGUCCAAUGUCGACGCUUCCAUCCUUCCUCGCCCCUUGGUCAAGUACUCUCAUGAACCGCUGGCUGCCUCCGACGUGCCUCGAGCCGUAUCACAGGCCAUUCUCGAAGCCUCGACACACCCCAAGGGGCCAGUGUACCUCUCGGUACCCUACGACGACUGGGCCGCGGAAGCCCUUCCUAGUGACAGCUUGCUGCCCAAACGCAGAGUCAACACAGCGGGGUCACUAUCCAACGCGCAGCUGGUUGACAUUAAAGCCAUCCUAAGCCGAUCCAGCAGCCCAGUGGUAGUUGUUGGCCCCGACGUCGACGCCGCUAGAGCCCAGCAACACGUCGCGAAGAUUGCCGAGCGUCUCGGCGCCCCCGUCUGGAUCGCUCCAUCCGCCCCUCGGUGUCCGUUCCCGACUACCCAUACCCACUACCGCGGGCUCCUGCACCCGGGCAUUGAAUCAGUCCGCAGCAAGCUAGAGGGCCACGACCUGGUGCUCCUCCUUGGCGCUCCAGCCAUGCGAUAUCACCGCUGGGAGCCGGGAGAAUACUUGCCAGACGGAACCGAGGUCAUUCAUCUUACGUGUGAUCCCAAGGAGGCGACAAGGGCACCGUACGGAACUGCUUGGGUAGUCGAACUGCUCGACGCACUCGCUCAACUCGCCGAUGUCAUUGAGGAUCGCAUAGUUCACCUGGAUCCCCGGACUAUACCCUCCAGUGGGGCCGAUGGUACACUGACAGGCACAAAGAUCCUCGAUGUGCUGGCCGCCGCAGGCGAAGAAGUGCCCACCCCCAGCGGUACCCGGCCCAUCACCUAUGUCAACGAAUGCACAACACUCGAUCUGCUCUUCCUGGACCGUGUCCCAAUAACAAGCCCAGGCGGAUACCACUUUCCAGCCUCUGGCGGGCUCGGGUUUGGGAUGCCGGCAGCCGUUGGCGUCUCACUUGGCCGACCAGGCGCCACUGUUGUCGCCGUCAUUGGCGAUGGUAGUGCAAACUAUGGUAUCACGGCGCUCUACACGGCUGCCCAGAGACAAACCCGGACAGUCUUCGUUAUUGUCAACAAUGGCUCCUACGGCGCCCUACGUGGGUUUGCAAAGCGACUCAAUGCCCUCGAUGCCCCAGGACUCGACGUUCCCGGUAUCGACUUUGUCAGUAUUGCAACUGGGUACGGUGUCCCGGCGACGCGAGUGACGACGGUUAAUGGGUUUCAAACGGCCUAUCUCGACGCUCUGAGGGCUGAGGGGCCAGUGCUGGUAGAGGCCGUGGCUGGUAAUUCUCAGGCCACCUUGGAACUGUCGUAA